AUUCUUACCAGAGCGGGCCGAGAUGGUGCUCAUGAAUCUGAGAUCUGAGGCGUACACCUUUGCCAGACGCAGGCGGCUUGUAAAACGAGCGCGCUCGAUCAUUCAUAAAGGCGUGUAUAUUGUUAUGUAGUUCCUCCCUACAUCUGUUGGUUUCCUGGAUGUGGAAAGGGGUUGAACCAGGAGUGGAACAUGGCGAGAAUGGUAAACGAAAACGGGUGUGGACAAGAGUUACAGAGCACAGAGCUAAAUGGACCCGGUCGAGGUACAGCGCGGUGGGGUCCCCAACACGCAGGUGCUCUGGAACUUGCGAAUUUGUAUUCGCCAGGAAAAAGAUGUCAGGAAUGGAUAAGUGUUGUCCUCUGCUUCUCUCUCAUGGCCUUCAACCUUUGUCACCUCCUUGUUAACUUCCACCUGGGUCAUAUGUGGUACAUCCUGUUGGGCAUUGUGGCAGGAAUAUUGACUGCAGACUUUGCCUCUGGUCUAGUCCACUGGGGGGCUGACACCUGGGGAUCUGUGGAGCUACCCAUUGUUGGAAAGGCCUUUAUCAGACCAUUCAGGGAGCAUCACAUUGACCCUACAGCCAUCACCCGCCAUGACUUCAUUGAGACAAAUGGUGACAACUGCAUGCUGACCCUGAUCCCAUUAGCACACAUGGCUUUCAACUUCCUCACCCUCUCGCCUGCGGAGCACUAUCACAACUACCCCUGGCACUGCUAUGUGAUGGCACUGGCCAUUUUCGUUACCCUAACCAACCAGAUUCAUAAGUGGUCGCACACAUACUUCGGGCUGCCAGGCUGGGUGGUCUUUCUACAGAACUGCCACAUCAUCCUGCCCCGCAAGCACCAUCGCAUCCAUCACGUUUCCCCCCAUGAGACAUACUUCUGCAUCACCACAGGCUGGCUGAACUAUCCCCUGGAGAAGUUGGGGUUCUGGUCUAGGCUUGAGGAUCUGAUCCAGAGUGUGACUGGGGAGAAGCCCAGGUCUGACGAUCUGAAAUGGGCCCACAAAACCAAGUAACCAUGCAGACUGGCUGCAUCGCUACCUCAGGAGUAUUCCGUCUCUUUCUCGCCUAACUCCAGCUGUAACCGAUAGGAGACACCAACAUAAGGAUCUGGUUUCAGAGAUGCCAUAUAGCUUUAAACCUUGCACAUUUUGUUUGGUUAUAACCGUGGAGCGUUUUGUCAAGGGCCCAGGGGUGUUUUCUUAACCCACUGUGGAAAUCUGAGUGGGAAGUGCUUUUGAAAUAACAUUUUGAAAGCACUAAUACAUUGCAAUACUUUCUCAACUCUUCAUCUAGCUCUUUAUUUCUGAUCGUGUAUGUCUAACUUGACUCAACCUUUGAGGUGUAACACUAAAGCCAUUGUCCCCAAAGGGAUAGUCAAAUAUUUUUUUCAUCCACUUUACAGACUGAAAAUGCAAAAAAAAAUAAUACCUUUCAAUGAAAACUCAAAAUAUCCCAACCAGAAAUACUUGAAGGGAACAGUUUGCUUUUUUGCAGCACUUCGUGUUUGUUAUUCGUCACUGUUAAAAAAAAAAAAAAAAAAGUCUGGUCAUCUCUCACUGGGUAGCAUGGACACAGUAUUUUGUGUCCUUCAGUUGUCAAGGACUGCCUAUUACCUUAAUUUGCUAUUCACAGUUGAUGCCGGUUAACACUAACUCGCCUACCUAAGAUAUUUUUGCUUAACCUUCUAGUGCAGUGCUGGCUUACAUUUUGUCUACAUCCAAUCGACGUAACUGCUAUGUUCGUCCAGACUUCUCAAACAGCCUUAACAAUCACAGAUGCAGUGAUCUCUUGCCUUUCAUUUCACUUCUCUAUUGCAGAACCUAUUAUGUAAUGCUUCUGUUCUUUUCAACCAGUGGUUUUCUGUCUUAAAUUUGCAAGUAUCCAUACAGUCAUUCUCAAGUAAUUUGCCAAUCUUUUUUUACACACCACACCCUUUUUUUAAAUCCCAGAAGCAUGGAAGUGGUAAAACACAACAUUACCCUUCAGUGAUAUUGCAAGUGCAGUAGAAGAGUAAUCAAAAGUGAUGAAUCAUCAUAAUUAGCAAAAUACCUGAAAUGAAAGUGCUUUGUGUGUAUGCUCUAGUAAUCAUGUUUGUAAAUGAACUGUGCAGCAGAUACCUAUGCAGUCUGACUGGUGGUGAACCUGAACCUUGUCUUAACUACCUUAACCUAAAAAAUGGCCUGGUUGGCUAGAAAUGCUAUUUAUGUUCUUAAAUUCCCUUAACAUAGAAUUCUUUCAUUAUAAAAGGCACUAUUACCUCUCUCUGCAUGUGAUAUUUAUUGUGAUUGUCACAGACCGAACCGUUGACGUACAAAAUUAACGACUGAGGUAAUCGUGUGUGGGAGUUCUUUCAUAAUGAAUUGAACUCUGGGGCUUUUAUUUCCAGCACAAAAACCAGUGACAGUGUGGUGGUGUGCAUGUUAUUCUCCCAUAUAUAAAUGAUUUCCAGAUUAUUUUAAUAUUUGAAAAUAGUUCAGCUUGGGAAGAAUAAAGGCUGUACACAAGAACACUGGUCUCAAAUUCCCUAUUCAAAGGUGUGUGUGUGUCACACUGAUUUACAUACUGUAUACAUGCAUGCAGGUUGGCUUAGGAUCACCAGCUUUCUGUUUUCAUGUAACUAAUUAAUUGCUUGAUGGUGGAAUGAAAUCAACCUGCUGUAAGUGACCACUUGAGUUUUGGGGAAGUUUUGCUAUUGUUCAGUCAUUUUUUUAUUUUAUUUGGGCCUUUAUUUGAACAACCCAAAUUGUCACAAUUACUUAAGUGCUAGGCUUACUGUAAUGUGGCAUUUGCAUUCAUAGUUAUGAUUAUUAUUUUUUGUGUCAAAUUAAGCUAGCUCAGAUAUGUUUUAUUCAGAAGUCAAAAUUACUUUACUGAAAGUUAACAAAGGUCCUUAUUCCUCUGACUCAGUUCAUACAUUUCUCAAUUGUAGGUCAGCAGAAAAAUCCCUGCAGAGUUUGUUUUAUUAUAAGUAGGAUAUUGUAAAAGCUGGGAAAGUGAUGACAUUUUGUUUCACUACCACUGGUUCUAUUGGGCGUGAAUAAUUUCAGUCAAACCCAACCAGGUUGAUGUAUGAAUAUCUUGUUGGCAGGUACUGUUUAUCAUCCUUCAAAUUAGUUCAUUGUUGGCCAGAAACAUUCAUAGAUCAAUCAUGAAAUAACAUUCUCCUCAAAUGUGUUGUUUUGGUGCAUUUAAUGGAUAUGGUCUUAUGGGUCCUAAAUAAAUGGCUAUUAUCCCUGUGGAACCAGAAGUAGUGACACAUACUAUGCAUCAAUUCCAUUGCUUAUUGCUGUUCUGCUUUGUCUAGGCUAGGUAAUAUUAAAGCAGGUGUGAGUUACAUUGUAGUUAAUGUCAUUUAUACUUUUUACUAAGGAUACUAGUAAGUAUUUUAUAGAAGUAGGGAGAGGAUAAUAGUAAAUAAGCAGCUCAAUCAAUAAUUAUGACUAUGGCUUCACUAGUUUAUUAAAUAAUUCAGUUGUGUGGAAGAAGUUUGAAUGGAUAAACUGAAAUGGCUUUUCAUAUUGGUGAAAUUGUAACCUCUUAUCAGUUGUCUUUCAGAUCAUGUUGCUAUUGACCAAUGCCAAACUUAACUUGAUUGAUGGAUAAUUUAAAAAAAAAGGUCAGUUUAUAAUGUAGUAUAUGCAAGAUUAUCUGUCAUACUUUUGCCAUUGCAGAUUUGAAGUUACAGGGUAUAAUAUGAUGCAUUAAACCAUGUGUUUAGUACAAACUAUUGCCUAGAUGUAAAUGUGUGAUUAAGUUAUUUUAAUGACCUAAUUGCUUUAAUACAAUACGUUUUCAAUGAAUGGAUUUAGUUAAAGCUCUUAAGUGUAACAUUUGGUUUGUCUAAAUGAUAUAAGAAUAGAGAUGUUGCCUAAUGCACUUAUUUUUCAAAAGAAAGAUCAAUCAUGUUAUAUAAAUGGUUAUUGUGGA